UCUUGGCCGGCGUAUAAAAGGUGACAGCUGUGAGUGUCUGACAUAUCAAUCCAGUGCAACAGCUCCAGGGCAACAGUUGCUCCUCCUCCGUCUCCACCCAUCCAUAUCCAUCCUUCUAAGUCGCAGCAUGAAGCAGUUUGUGGUUUUGGCCGUUCUGGCUGUGAUCGGCGGUGCCCGAGCCGCUCCUCGUCCGGACGUCACCCACCUGGCGGGCUACAGCUACCAGGCCGGUGGCUACAACGGUGGCGGCCUGGUGGCCAACCAGGUGAUCAGUGCUCCCGUGGCCACGGUGUCGACCUCCUACCAGCCCACGGCAGCCGGUAGCAACUACUUUAGCUCGGCUCCGACCAUUGGCCAGUUGAACCUGGGCUCUGCCGGCUCCUCGGGCGUGCUCAACUACCAGGUGGGUGGCGCAGGAUCCUCCAGCUACCAGGUGGAGUCCUCCUCCGGCGGCGGCAGCAUCGGCGGUGGCAGCAUCGGCGGUGGCAGCAUUGGCGGUGGCAGCAUCGGCGGCGGCAUCGUUAGCGACAGCAUUGGCCUGGCCGGUCUGCAACCCGGCCCCACCAUCAACUACAACGAGCAGGAGUCGUACAUCAGCCACCUGGCCAACUUCCAGCCCGCCCAGAUCAACAAGCACUUCUACAUCCACAGUGCUCCCGAGGAUCACGAUGAGCAGCAGAUCGUCCGCUAUGUGAACGUGGGCAGGCCCCAGAAGAACUACCGCGUGGUGUUCAUCAACGCUCCGACCUCCACCGCCAGCAAGGCCAAGAUCAUUGCCAACGUGGCUCCCGUGGAGGAGAAGACCGCCAUCUAUGUGCUGUCCAAGAAGUCCAACGCCCUGGAUGUCAGCGCCGAGGUGGUCACACAGCGCCCGGUGGCCAACAAGCCGGAGGUCUUCUUCGUCAAGUACAAGACUCCCCAGGAGGCGGCCCACGCCCAGCAGACCAUUCAGGCCAACUACGAUGCUCUGGGUGGAAGCUCUGAGACCAGCAACGAGGGCGUGAUCCCCGUCUCCUCCGUGAUCGGCAGCCUGGGCGACAACGGAGCCUCCGGCGUGGUGACCGACGCCAGUGGCAGCCUGAACAUCGUGGGCACCGGCGGAGUUCCCAGCGUGGACGGAGGAGCCUCCUACGACGCGGAGGGCAGCCAGCGCCAGGUGAUCAGCACGGUGACCACCGGCACCAAUGCCCAGGCCACCUACCUGCCCGUGAGGCCGGUGAGGAAGUAGGUGCGUCGCCUGGACCCCCCCUGGAUACCACCUCCUGCAUCCGCACAUGACACAUCCCCUAGACGACACUCACGGAGCGGAGCCCCGGGGGACUCGGACUGGAUGGGAAAGCCCCUUGGGUUUGGGGCCCAUUGCAGUGGAGUCCCGCCGGGGAAACCUAUGCGAUUUUUUCUAUUUAGUUUUGCCUUCGGCAUAAUUCAUAUUUCUUGUGUAAAUUUUUUUUUUAAUAAAAUAUAAGCGUUCUCAUAGGCAUUCA